GUGCCGUGUGAAUUUGUGUCAGUGGUACGAACGAGGAAUAGUGUUCUGACAUUCACGAAACGGGGCGCAGGCAUAGUAAAUGGCUAAAACCUACGAUUAUCUCUUCAAACUCUUGCUCAUAGGGGACAGCGGAGUUGGAAAGACAUGUCUUCUGUUCCGAUUCAGCGAGGACGCGUUUAACACCACCUUCAUUUCUACAAUCGGAAUUGACUUUAAAAUCAGAACUGUAGAGUUGAAUGGAAAGAAAAUCAAGCUCCAGAUAUGGGACACAGCAGGGCAGGAGAGAUUCAGGACCAUUACCACAGCGUACUACAGAGGAGCAAUGGGCAUUAUGUUGGUGUAUGAUAUCACUAGUGAAAAGUCCUUUGAAAACAUCAAAAACUGGAUUCGCAAUAUUGAGGAGCAUGCAUCUUCAGACGUAGAGCGGAUGAUUCUCGGGAACAAAUGUGAUAUGAAUGACAGGAGACAGGUGUCUAAGGAGAGGGGAGAGAAGCUGGCAAUAGACUAUGGGAUCAAGUUUUUGGAAACCAGUGCAAAAACCAGCAUAAAUGUGGAAGAGGCCUUUUUCACCCUGGCCAGGGACAUUAUGGCCAGACUCAACCGAAAAAUGAACGAUGGCAGCAACUCAGAUGGUGGAGCGGCAGUUAAGAUCACAGAAAAGCGUUCUAAGAAGCAUAGCUUCUUCAGGUGUACACUGCUAUGAUGGACUGCAGAGAGUGGGACUCUUACAUGGACUCUAACUCUCUGGCUGCAGAACUGUUCAGCUGGUAGGAGAGGUGAUGUGAGCCUCACCCAACGGCUGUGAGCUCUGGCUCCAAAGGUGCAGCGAGGCUCAUGUUGAAACAGCCUAAAAGGCAAGUUGGCCAGGCAGGAUGCCGACUGUGUUGGAAACAUGUAGCUGGCCUUGUGAAAUGUGUUUGGGCUCCCUUGGACCCUGUUUGUUUCAUAAAGAGAUAAUCAAGACUAAUUUCAGGGUUUGGCUGACUUGCCUCAGUUGAGCCAUUAAAAAUCAAAGUUAGUAUUAUAUUAGUUAUUCAUUUUUUAACUGUUAGACUUUUAUGUUUUUAGAGCUUUCAUAAACAUAGCACACGUCAUAAAUAAUUUGCAUCUAUAAACGGAACAUAAAGGCCUUCAGAAUUUUACUGAGUAAACAGUUUGUGUGUCAGUGUAUAUUAUAAAGCAUUUUGUGUUCACUAUCAUUCUAACUGAGCAUCCCUUUGUGGGACUGACAUUAAAAGAAAUGGAAUGAAGGCAGAGGAUAAUCUGUAAAAGCUGCAGUAUUACUAGACAUAUGUAUGUUUCUGAGGGGAUGAGAGCUUUUUAAGACGGCUGAGGGUGACCUUGGAAUACCUCAGGGUUCCCUAAUUUGCUAAUGUUUCUGGCUCCUACCCACAGGCACACACACAGCAUUGAUGGAGCAGUGACAGAUAUACUGCACUCCCCUCAGUGAGGAGACUCUAAUAUAGAACAUGGCAGCUGCAGUGCAUGAUGGGUUAAAGCACACCUUAUGGUGUGCCCAUGUGCACUGAAAGCAGCAGCCGCUCGAAACAUGACAUAUAUAGCACAUCUUAUAGAGAAAUAGUUUAUGCCUGUAUUUCAAAUCAUUCACUUUAUAAUGCACUGAUAUAGACUAUAUUCAAAGGUGCCUUAUAAGGUAAAUGAGUCAGUCAGAAAUACAUAUAAAUUAUAUCAUUUUGUUAAACAGCAUGGGAUGCGGUGUCUGUAUGUGAAUGUAUUAGACAGUCAAAUGCAUGCAUUUAUGGUUAUAAUGAGAUCUCCGUUUUUUUAUGUUGCCAUUUUUAAUAAGUAUUGUGAUGGUACAUCACCUGUGCUUAUUGUUGUGUGAUGAAAAGUACUUUUCUAAACAAAUGACAUAACUUUGUCUUAUGUAUAACUAGUAACUUAUAAAGGAAAAGUGCAGUUGCCAAAUAUCGUAUUAUAGACUUUAGGUGUUGUGGUGUGUGUCAGUGUUUAUGGAGUGAAUUCAUGUCUACAUUCUGCACCCAUUUAACAUAGCACAUGUAGUAGCAUUCAUUUCACUGGUGCAAAUGCAACUGUGUAGUUGAUUCGAUGAUUCUGCUCCGCUAUUUUACAGUACUGAACUGGUUUGUUGCUAUUGGUUGGACUUUCAGAAGAAGAAACUGAUGAGAUACAUGAGUUAGCAAUAAAAUGCCACCUCUACAGCUGAGGCCUUGAAAACAAUUCCUGUACAUGAAUUAGUGUUACAUCUUCUAGGCCACUGUGCUAGAAGCUGUGGCAAUUGAAAUAUGUUUGGAAGCUUGCCACAAAAUAAAGGCCAAUGUAGCAUAUUAUUUCAACAGGUUCACAUGGCACUCUUGCUAUGCACACAUGUCUGUAACUGAUUUUAUUGAUUAAAAGUAUUCUGAUA